AUGGAUAACAGUCGAUUAUCUGUCAUUUCUAUUGUGGGUAUGGGAGGGCUGGGUAAAUCUACUCUUGCCCAGCUUGUUUACAAUGAUAGGAAGGUGAUGGAUGAAUUUGAGGUCAAAGUUUGGGUAUGUGUUUCUGAAGAGUUUGAUGUGUUCAGGGUAACAAGAACAAUUUACGAGGCAAUCACUAUGUCUAAGGACAAUUACUACCGAUCUAAAUAUGCUUCAAAUCAAAUUGAUGAAAUUACUACCCGCAGUGAAAAAGUUGUUUCAAUUAUGAAUUCAACUAAAGCACUUCCGUUAAAGCUCUUGCCAGGAAAAGAUAGUUGGCUGCUAUUCAGCAAAUAUGCAUUACGCGAUAGAGAUAUUCUUCACCCAAACUCUGACCUUGAAGAAAUUGGUAGAAAAAUUUGUAAAAAGUGCAAAGGAUUGCCUUUAGCUUUGAAAGCCAUUGGAAGCCUUUUGUACACGGAAGGAUCUCAUGAGCAAUGGAAUGACAUUUUGAAAAGUGAGAUAUGGGAAGAAAAGAGUGAUAACAAAAUUCUCCCAAGUUUGAGAUUGAGUUAUCGUUACCUUCCUUCUUAUCUCAAGAGAUGUUUUUCUUAUUGCUCGAUAUUUCCCAAAGAUUAUGACUUUGACAAGGACCAUCUAAUUCAGCUGUGGAUGGCAGAAAAUUUUUUACCAUGUGCUCAUCAAAGCAAAGAUGCACGGCAGGAGAUGAAGCGCAUUUUGUUAUGCAUGACCUUGUCAAUGAUUUGGCAAAAGGAUGAAUAUGGCAAAUUUUGCCAUAGGUUGGAGUUAGACGAAGCAAGUAAUCUAUCAAAAUUUACUCGCCAUGUUUCAUAUUUGAGAGAUAUCUAUGAAACUCCAAAACGAUUUGAGGCUUUAUACCAAGCCAAUAGAUUACGCACGUUCUUGCCUCUCACCAUGCUAGAUUUUAACUGGGCACGCUGGAUGUCUACAAAGGUUAUACAUGAUUUGUUGUCGAACUUUCCGUGCAUGCGAGUUUUAUCUCUCUCAGAUUAUUCUAGCAACAUUGUCGAGUUGCCUGAUUCGAUAGGAAAUAUGAAGCAUUUACGCUAUUUGGACCUAUCAGAAACUAAACUAAGGAUAUUGCCUAAUUCAGUAUGUCAACUUUAUCAUUUGCAGACAUUGAAGUUGUGGCGUUGUUGGGAUUUGAAAAAGUUGCCAAUGGAUUUACACAAACUCAUUAGUCUGCGUCAUCUUGAUUUUCGAGAAACUGCUGUGCGUGAGAUGCCAAAGCAAUUAGGCAAAUUAAAAAAUCUUCAAGUGCUGUCAUCAUUUAUUGUGGGAAAAUAUGAAGAGACCAACAUCAAGCAGUUAAAAGAACUUGAUCUUUGUGGAUCGAUUUCCAUAUCAGAGUUGCAAAAUAUAGUUUCUCCCGUAGAUGCUUUAGCAGUCAAUUUGAAAACUAAGAUAUACCUUGAGGAGUUAAGAUUAGAAUGGAGCAUGGACAAUGAAAAAUCACAAAAUGAUAAGGAUGUUUUGGAGAAGCUCCAACCUUAUCAAAACUUGAAAAGGCUCUCAAUUAGCAGCUAUGGUGGUGAUGGGUUUCCGGACUGGUUUGUAGAUCUUUCACUGUCUAAAAUAGUGUCCCUGGAGCUGAGGAAUUGCAAAUACUGUUCCUCCUUGCCAUCACUAGGCCUUUUUCCAUAUCUCAAGUCACUAUCAAUUGUAGGGUUUGAUAGUAUAGUAGCUAUUGGUCCAGAAUUUCAUGGGAAUAGCUCUUAUACAACUUCCCUGGAAAUCUUGAGGUUUGGAGAUAUGGAGGCCUGGGAGGAAUGGAAGUAUGAAAAUAUGUCGCUUAGUUUCCCUCAUAUUCAAGAGUUAAGUCUAGAAAAUUGUCCCAAAUUGAAAGGGCACCUUCCUCCACAACUUCCUUCUCUAAGGACGCUAGUUAUUGUCAAUUGUGAGAAACUUGUAGAUUCAAUUCUGUUGGCUUCAUCUCUUCAUAAAUUGGUCCUGAGACAUUACGGAAAGGAGGAGAUGGAAUGUGUUCCAUCAACUCUGAAAGUUCUUGAGCUUUCUGGAUGUUUUGCAGAAAUCUUAUCAAUUGAAAAAAUUGAGAAUGCAAUUGCCAAUUCCUGCCUUGAGGAGUUGAAUUUUGGGGAUUGUCCUCGCCUGAAAUUCCCAUUGCGCUACUGUCAUAACUUCGUUGUUGAAAUGGAGAUAAGAGGAAGAUGCGACUGUCUUGUGUCUUUUCCACUGGAUUUUUUCCCAAUCUUCAGAUAUUGCGGCUGA